AUGAAUAGCUCAAAAUAGCCUAUUAUAAAAAGUACUUCUACUACAACUACUGCAAAGCAUAGCUCCUCUAUGAAGCUCCUUCCUAAGAUAGAGAAUUAUUCUAAAGCCAAAAAUGUAAAUGAAUAGCUCUUGAUCAGAUAGAAUCAUACUCCUAUAAAAGUUGCUCUUAAAAAAUCUAGUUUUACUAAUAUUGAUUAUAAUGAAGAUAUUCCUCAAAGCAACAGUGUCAGUAAUGCAAAUCAAAACGAGUAUAAGAAUUUUUUCAAUAGAAGAACUCAGUAAAUAUUAGAUACUAGCGAAGAAUAAAAGAUAUAAAAAAAAUAAAUGUUGGCUAAGAGCUAAAUUCAAUUUAAACCUCCAUCUUCUUCUAAUUAAAUAGUGAGAAAUGUUAGUGGAAUAUAUGAGAAUCCUUUACAAGCAAAUUAUUUGCAAAAUACUUAAUCUCCAUCUUCUGUUAAAUCAAGCUACACUAAAAUUCCUCUGUAAGCAAGCCAAACUUUAGAAGAAGCAAAACCUGUAAAGUUUACUUCUCCUAUUACUUAGCUUUAAAUAGAUGCAGAUUAAAACAGGUUAGAUUUUAUGCUAGAAAAAGGGAUGAAUUUUGAGAAAAAUAACCAGCUUAUUAAGCUGAAGUAAGAUAAUUUUGAGCUAAAAUAAGAGAUUAGAAAAUUAGAGGCAGAAGUAAAAAGGAUGAGAUAAGAGAUAGAGGCAAUGAGGUAGUUAAAUCUAAAAUCUUAGCCAAUAAACAAUGAAAGAAAAAGUUCCUUUUAUAUGCAAGACGAUUAAUUAAUUUAAAUAGAAAAGAAGGUACAAAUUAAUGAGUACUAUAGACAGUAAAUUAGUAACUUAAAAGCAUAGCAUGAAAGCGAUUCAACAAAGUAUUAAGAACAGAUCAAUGUAUUAAAUACUUAACUAUAAUAAGCAUUAGAGUAGAUACAAAGUUUGUAAAUUAGCAAAUAAAAUCCAAUCAAAGAAUAAAAAGAUUUAGAGUAAAUAUAAGAAACUUAGGCUGAAGUAUAACAAAUAUGUAAUAAAUGUGAGUAAAAUAUGAGAUAGCUUUAGGAGUUCAAUAUAUAAAUUACUGUAUUAGAAAGUAAUUUAGCUACGUCUAAAGCUUAAAACGAUAAUCUCUUUAAAGAGAGCUAGUCUUUAAGAGAAUGGUAAAUUAAAACAAAAGAAUCUCAUAGUAGAGAAAAAGAAUAAUAUGAAAAAUAUAUUUAAGAGCAAUCGGAGGAAAUUUUGAAGGUUGAUUAGCAACUCAGGGAUUAUAAAAAGUCGUAUGAUGACUUAAAUGAAAAAAUAAAAUUAAUUAAAAAUGGUAGUGAUAUAGUUAAAGUAUUUCUAAGGAAUGAGUAUACUCUGCUCAAGUUAGAAAUUGUGGAGAACAUUGAGAGAUUAAAUAAAGAAAGGUAAGAUAGAAUAAAUGAAAAUGCUGUUUAAAUACAGUAGCUGCAGCAAAAAUACGAUGACGAAAAAAAGAAGGCAACAAAAUUGUAGGACGAAGUUAAUUAGUUAAAUCAACAUCUUGAAUGGCUAAAAAAGAGAGGCGUUUAGUAAUCAAAGUAAAAUGGAACCUUCAAUUAUAUUGGUUUGAGUGAAGAAAUUUUGAGCUUGAAAAAAGUAAUAGAUCAGCACAUAUCUGAAAUCCCAAAUAAAGACAUGGUUCAAAGCUUUCAGAGUAAAGUAGAUGAAAUGAGCUUUUUAAAUAAACAAAUGGUAGAUAAAAUAAACAAAAUAUAACAAGACGAAGAGAAAUCAAGAAAAGCUACAGAAUAAAUCCCUGUACUUAAAUAGUUUGAUAUAGCACAAACAAAAGUAGAGUACCACUUAGUUUGUGCUAAAUGUGAGGAAAUUUUAGAAGAAGCAAUUACGUGUGUUCCUUGUGGCCAUAACUACUGUAAAAAGUGUCACUAUACAAAAGAUAGCUCUUUUUAAAAAACAAAUGAAUCAGCUGAUGUAUCUGAGGCAUCUAUAAGUUGCAUGAAGUGUGGUCCAUCUACAAUGAUUUACAGAAAUGAAACAUUAGAUGAUAUGAUAAAAAUGUAUAAUACAAUGAGAAGUGCUAAAGAAGUAAUAAAAAUGUAUCUUAGUUAAUGA